GAGUUGUUCAAGAAAAUGGAUGUGUUUGGGGUUAGGCCAGAUAUUGUUUCUUAUGGUAGUAUUGUCAAUGGUCUUUGCAAAGAUGGGUUGGUAGAUAUGGCUAAAGAAUUGUUUUCGGAAAUGAAGAGUAGAGGAAUUAAGCCAAAUGUGGUUGUUUGCACCUCUCUAAUUUACGGUUGGUGUUUUGUGGGAAAUUUGGAAGAGGCUGAGAGAUUGUUUAAUGAGAUGGUGGAUCAAGGUUUGCAGCCUAAUUUAUUGAGAUAUAAUACAAUGAUAAGUGGGUUUUGCAAGGAGGGGAAGAUGGAGGAAGCUAAUGGGUUGAUGGAAUUGAUGAUUCAAAGAGGUUUGCAGCCUGAUGUGGUGACUUUUAAUUCAAUGAUAAAUGGGCAUUGCAAGAAGGGGAAUACUGAGGAAGCUAAUGGGUUGUUGGAAUUGAUGACUCAAAGAGGUUUGCAGCCUAAUCUGGUGACUUUUAAUACAAUGAUUAAUGGGCUUUGCAAGGAGGGGAAGAUGGAUAAAGCUAAUGGAUUGUUGGAAUUGAUGAGUCAAAGAGGUUUGCAGCCUGAUGUGGUGACUUUUACUACAAUGAUAAAUGGGCUCUGCAAGGAGGGGAAGAUGGAGGAAGCUAAUGGGUUGUUGGAGUUGAUGAGUCAAAGAGGUUUGCAGCCUGAUGUGGUGACGUGCACUAUAAUGAUAAGUGGGCUUUGCAAGGAGGGGAAGAUGGAGGGAGCUAAUGAGUUGUUGGAAUGGAUGAUUCAAAGAGGUUUGCAGCCUAAUGUGGUGACAUUUACUACAAUGAUAAAUGGGCUUUGCAAGGAAGGGAAGAUAGAGGAAGCUAGUGGGUUGUUGGAAUAGAUUAGUCAGAGCGGUUUGCAGCCUGAUGUGGUGAUAUUUACUACAAUGAUAAAUGGGCUUUGUAAGGAGGGCAAGA